AUGCCAAAAGCACCUCCUAUGGCCUCUGAGGUCGAUAUCUUAAAGAGCAAGGCUGCCAAUAAGAAAGGUGCCGGUUCCGACAGCGUUGAGACAACUUGGCCCAAAGUGGAAUUCGGUGCGAGUACCGAGAUUGAUAACGUCACCAAAGAAACAAAGACGAGAGCCGAGUACAUAGUCCCAGCAGGUAGUAUGUUCUCAUUGGGCGCAGCGUUACCAAAUUCCCCGAUGGCGUUCUGGUACCGAUACACGCCCGAAUGGUCUCAGUACAGCCUCUACAAACCUUUGAGCCGUCUGGUGGUGCGGCUAGUGAGCCCGUGUGCACCAUCAUACAUGUCUCAAGCCCAACCUGCGCCCUCCGAGGUCAACAUCCUCAAACAAAACGCCGCCAAUUCCAAAGGCGCAGGCGGUAGUAACGUCGAGAUCGUAUGGCCCAAGCCCAAAUUUGAUGGCAAUACUGCGUUGAAAGAUACCGGUACGGGUUUUGGAGAGUAUGUCGUACCCCCAGGGAGCAUGUUUACCUUGGGCGCUGCUAUGCCAAAUCAUACAGUCCUCAAAUGGGGCGCAUACUUUCCGCCUGGGACUAUGUUUCCUGAUGGUGUCCUCGUCCCGAUCCAUGCUCGUAUGGUCUCUGUCCAACCUUUCUAG